GCCUAGUCAAACGCACACCAAAACCCCAGCAUACUCAGCAUGCAGCUCUUCUCGACCCUCGCGCUUCUCGUAGCGGUUGCUCACUGCGCACAAGCUGUCCCGGAGCGGAAGCUACUACGGACGGGCUACAACUCCGGUCUUGAUUUCUCAACCCUCACUGGGUCGACGACAGGUGGCACCACCGCAGCCCUCUCUUCGAUCACAAGUCUGUUGCCGACCAGCAGCGGGACAUCGGGGAUCUUGCCUAGCACGGACUCUCUGUCUUCUCUAACAACAGGCACUGGCCUUGGCGGUCUAACCUCCCUUACCGGAGGCAAUAGUCUCUCGUCUCUCGGCGAUUUGUCGUCGAUCACGAGUGGCCUCUCUUCGUUGAGCCUACCGAUCGGAAGUACCGGCACGGGGACAGUCCUCAGCAGCCUCACCAACCCCGUGAACACGGCUACGGGGUCCUCGACCACCAGCAACAGCCCUGUGCCAUCGUCUACUGCGGCUACGGAUUCUGCCAUGGCGACAGACUCUACUACGCAGGUGUCUGGCAAGUAAACUAGGGAGUGUGUUCGGCUACGAAUCGGACCUCAAUUUUUUUUCUUUUUUUGAGUGCAAGUGGUGUUAUACAACGAAGUUUCAUUGUUUUUCUUGGAGAUUUCGAUACCAAGUAUCCGACUGCAUGCUUUGAUCCGUAUGGAUCGGGUCCUCGCUGCGCAGAUGAACCUUGGUGGGAUCUUAUGCUUCGGAUCGUACUUCAAGUAACAUUCAUGCUACGAGUGAGCAACACGAAAAAACGGCAACUUUGUUCUGGUACAUGUGUAUCAGUGGAAUCGUUUUCGCGUUCAGUGUGCAAAGUGUCAUUCUUCGAUUCACCUCCAACCCCCAAAAACACCCUUCCCAACCAGUAUGAAGUUCAUUUCGACCCUUAUCCUCCUCGUCGCCGCCGUUCAGUG